AUGGGUCCGCAAUGUGUUAUGGCAGUGCUUGUGCUACUUAUCUUCGCAUUGCAAAGCAAUACUGGCUUCGGGCAAACCGACUUCGUUCUCCCCAACAAAAGGAUUACAACUCACGAAGAUGCAGCUGAGGCUAUAUCGCGCAGAUAUUUGAGGUCCACUUCAGCACAGACGAGUAAAGCGAGCACUGGCGCUCAGAGCGAAGAGGAGAGGGCUCAAGCCAAAAGAAUGUCGGCGUUUACGGAGAAACUGGCGUACAAGUUGGCGCUAUCAUUGAAGAUGAAUCCGGAAAUUUUCUUCACGGGAAUCCGUUUUUCCGAGACUGUCGGGAAGCUUAAUCACAGCCCAGAGUUCAUGGACUGGCUCCGGUACGUACUGAAGCUCAGAAGAAAAAUGGGAGAAACGUCGUUCUCGGACGCCAAAUUUGCUUCCUUGCUACGAAAUGCAAAACCGGAUGAAGAGAUAUUGGAGCUGCUUCACGCUGUCCGCCGAGUCAAAGGCAUGAAGAAUCUUGUUGAUCAGCUGCAGACACACUUGUUUCAAAUAUAUCCAUCCAUUCACAACAUGAUGAACCAAGCGUGGCUGAAUUCCCGUGAAAGCCCCAAAGAACUGUUCAGCUUGUUACUUCCCCCAACUGGUUUUCAAGACCCGUAUCUUAUCUAG